CUCUCCGUUUUCGUUUUCAGUUUUCAUUCGCAGUCACCAUCCAGCCACGGCUCCAAACUGCAAAGCGAAACCGAUCAUUAAGCCAAUAACAGACGGCAGCAAGAGUAGAUCUUCGUCCACAGCAAGAGUAGAGUUCCACAAAUCCCCUCCAUUGGAAUACCGCUUUUCUGAGAAAGCCCCCGUCAAUUUGGAUCCGAUUGUUUGGUUAGGAGGCGGCGCUGAAGAAUGAAGAAGGACUGGGCUUGAGAAACGAAACCCGAAAUCGAAAUCGAGAAUUGGUAGAGUUCCACAAAUCCCUUCCAUCGGAAUACCGCUUUUCUGACAAACCCCCCGUCAAUUUCGAUCCGAUUGUUUGGGGAGGAGGCGGCGCUGAAGAAGGAAAACGGACCGGGCUUGAGAAACGAAACCCGAAAUUAAACAUGGCCUUUGGGAAGAGGUCGAAAUCGAGAGGUCACCGACUUCCAGACGAGGGGACGCUGCCCAAGUGAAUUGCGUAUAAGUAAUUUGUAAUUAUUCAAGUGGAGAUUUGGAUGGCUGUGGUGAAUAGAAAAAGGUGAGAUCGACUAGGGUCGGCCAUCGGCGUCCAUCAGAAGACCGCAGAUCUGCCAUAGCCCCCUUCAAUUUCUAUCCGACAGUUUGUGUAGCAGACUAGCAGGCAAGGUGACGAUGGCAAUAAGCUAUUGUGGUUGGACAGGGUGACCGGAAGGGUUUGCACGUCGAUUUCUGCAAAGGCCAUGGCUAUAACAGGGAUUGAGGAUUGGCGAUACUGGAACUGGAUUGCUGCUGAAGAAUCAAGGAGUCAAAAGUGGUAUGAACCAGAAUGGUGGAAGUUUGGUGAUAUAAAAUCAUAUUUUUGCCAUGCUUCAGCUCCUAUCAUCAUUAGUUUCAUCAAGGUACAAGCACUACAAAAAAGAAUUGAUGUAAUUGGAGGUCUGUCUCUCUCCCUCACACAUAUACACAAGUUACUAUAUAAAAUUUGGUGCCAGCCCAUGCCGAUUCAGUUGAUUUACUUCUUAAGGUGUUUUUUGUUACAGAAGCCAUUUGUGCUGGUGUAUGAUUUAUUUGCUUUGUGGUGGUGGAUCAAAGUUAAACCAGAUGUAGGGAGGUGGUUUAAAAGACAUGAAUCCAAUAUCCAUGAGAUGUUUGCAGCCUGCACAAUGUAG